CUCCCCCCCGCCGGCACCAUUCCCUCCCCCGGGCGCCAGCGCGCCCCGGCCGGGCGGCGGCUCAGCCUGGGCCGCAAAACUUUGCUGGCGGCCGCGGCGGGGGUGGUGAUGGUUCUGGUGCUGGUGGUGCUCAUCCCGGUGCUGGUGAGCUCCGCCGGUACCGACGGUCGCUACGAGAUGCUGGGCACCUGCCGGAUGGUCUGCGAGCCCUACGGCCCCGCCGCUCCCCCCCAGCAACCGGCCGAGCGCGGCCCCCUCCCGCCGCCCUCCACGCUGGUGCAGGGUCCCCAAGGCAAACCGGGCAGACCGGGCAAACCGGGACCGCCGGGGCCGCCCGGAGAACCGGGGCCGCCGGGGCCGGUGGGGGCGCGGGGCGAAGCGGGAAGACCGGGACCCCCGGGAUUACCGGGACCGGGCGCCACGGGCGCGGUGAGCGCGGCCACCUACAGCACGGUGCCGCGGGUCGCCUUCUACGCCGGCCUCAAGAACCCCCACGAGGGCUACGAGGUGCUCAAGUUCGACGACGUGGUCACCAACCUGGGCAACAGCUACGACGCCGCCUCGGGCAAGUUCACCUGCGCCAUCCCCGGCACCUACUUCUUCACCUACCACGUCCUCAUGCGCGGCGGGGACGGCACCAGCAUGUGGGCCGACCUCUGCAAGAACGGGCAGGUCCGGGCCAGCGCCAUCGCUCAGGACGCCGACCAGAACUACGACUACGCCAGCAACAGCGUCAUCCUGCACCUGGACGCGGGCGACGAGGUGUUCAUCAAGCUGGACGGGGGCAAAGCCCACGGCGGCAACAACAACAAGUACAGCACCUUCUCCGGCUUCAUCAUCUACUCGGACUGAGCCCGGCGCCCCCCGCAUCUCCCCGCAGUGACCCCCCAGCCCCACGGUGUCCCUGCUGCCCCCCAGCUCCCCCCCGGCACCCCCUACCCACCCAUGGAUCGCCCUCCCCGCUCUCCCGGCUGCUCCGAGCCCCCUGUUCCCGUCAGUGCCGGGGGCUGCAGGGCUUGGGGGUGGCACCCGCGGCACCCCCAUGCCCGGCUGUGCCCCCCCUGCCCCGCCGCCGCUCUCUGCCCGCCCCCGGGGCGCUGCCGGGGCUCUCGGGGGGUCCCCGGGCCUGGGGGGGCUGUGCUGGGGCGGGGGGUGACAACAUGGUAAAGCAGAGCUGUGAUCUGUCCCGGUCUGCUGUGUGUGUCCCCAGUGUCCCCAACGCCGGGGACGGGCUCUUUGUGCCACCACCACCACCACGUCCCGCCCCGGCGCCGCUUCCUUUAUCAAACCAGUCCCUGUCCCUGCACCGCUGUCAUGGGGACACUUGGGUGCCGCCCUUACCCCAGCCCUGUCCCCAUGAGGGAGUGUCCCCUGAGAAACACAGCGUUGUCACCGCUCGGGGAGGGACACACGGAGCCACCGGGACCCUCGGGCACUGCGCCCGUCACCGCUGCCUCGGCACGGGCGGGACCUGGCGCGAUUCGAGGUGACAGCGGCUGUGCUGGGGACAGAGGAUGGGAGCCCUGGGGACACGGAGUGGCCUUGGGGACAGGACGGGGCUGGGUGUCCUCCUGGAUGUAUGUGU